AUGACCUCUUACGAUUUUAUCAAGCUUUUGAGGAGCGCGAUCAGCUCUCAACAGUUGGUGGCCUUCAUGAGCAUUUACCAGGCUUCUGAGGCGAUAUACACGACUUUCGACAGAGUGACAUUGUUGUACGAAGGACGCCAAAUAUAUUUCGGGCCCGUGGAUUCUGCUUCGGACUACUUUCUCAGAAUGGGGUUUCAGAGACCCAGCCGUGCUACGACCGCUGAUUUCCUUACUUCGUUGACCAACCCAGCAGAGCGCAUCGUUCGCAAGGGCUUUGAGGGCAGAGUUCCUAGGUCACCAGACGAGUUCGCAAAGACGUGGCAGGAAAGCAAAGAGGCGCAGGCUCUCUUCGCCGAGAUUGAAACGUUCAGAAGCUCUGAACUGAAUCAGAACCAAUCGAAAAUACACAAAAAAUACGAGACGAGAUUUGCAAGGCAGGAACAAAACCAAUUUCCCACGUCGACAUACCCGACCUCGAUCUCUCUGCAAAUCCUCUUUUGCAUUCGUAGAGGGCUUCUUAGGCUACGAAACAACUAUAUUCCCGUGGUAGCUGGUAUAUUCGCAAAUACAAUCAUUGCCCUGGUGGUGGGAAGUGUAUUCUUCGACCUGGGACAGUCUACGGCUAGCAUGGACAAGCGAGCCGUGCUACUUUUCUUCUCCCUCAUGAUCACUGCAUUUGCUCCGGCCUUCGAGAUAAUCACCAUGUGGGCACAGCGCCCUAUCGUGGAAAAACAUGACAGAUAUGCAUUCUACCAUCCGUUUACGGAGAGUCUUGCGUCGGUCAUCUGUGACCUCCCAAACAAGGUGGCAACCUCCCUACUGUUUCAUACGACACUUUAUUUCAUGACCAAUCUUCGCCGGACAGCGUCUGCCUUCUUCACUUAUUAUGCUUUCAAUAUUGUCGUCCUCCUGGCCAUGUCAAUGUUGUUUCGCAUGAUUGGCUCGCUGUCAAAGACUCUGGAGCAAACCAUGGCGCCUGUCUCCAUCAUGGUCGUGAUAUUCAUAGCAUAUACGGGAUUUGUGAUACCCGUCGACUAUAUGGUGGGCUGGCUGAGAUGGCUUCGUUGGUUGAAUCCCCUUGCAUAUGCGUACGAGAGUCUGAUGGUCAAUGAGUUCCAGGAUCGCCUGUUUACUUGCUCAUCUUUUAUCCCUGCUGGGCCUGCCUAUGAAAGCAACGGACUGCAAGGAAGGACAUGUACCGCCACAGGUGCUUCCGAGGGAGAGCAAAAUGUCCAAGGAACGUCUUAUCUUGCGAUCAAAUACCGCUUCACUCCUAACCACCUUUGGAGAAAUUUCGCCGUGAUUUGCGCCAUGAUGGCGAUAUUUUGCACAGUCUACCUCUUGGCUGCCGAAUACGUCCCGACGGAACGGUCGAAAGGGGAAAUCCUCGUCUUCAAGAACCGGUCAUCACGGAAUUAUCGUGACGAAAAGAAUGAGAGCCGGGUCGAUGCUCCCCUGCCAAUCCACACGGGCUACGAGCAGUGCUCACCGGCCCUUCAUUGGAACAACCUCAACUAUGACAUCAAGGUCAAGGGGGAAAAGCGCCGGAUUCUUCACAGUACAAAUGGCUGGGUGAAGCCUGGGACGCUGACAGUCUUGAUGGGUGUGACUGGAGCGGGAAAGACAAGCUUACUCGACCUCCUGGCCCAACGCCCAACGCCAGGAACACGAAGUGGACAUGUGUAUAUCGGCGACAAGCUAUGCGAUUCGAAGUUCCAGCGAAAGCUGGGUUACGUCCAACAGGAGGACAUUCAUCUUCCUACAGCCACGGUGCGGGAGGCGCUGAUGUUUAGUGCCCUGCUCAGGCAGCCCGAGGAAAAGUCGGCCGUGGAGGUUGGGGAGUAUGUUAAUAGCAUCAUCCAUACGCUGGAGAUGGAAGCGUAUGCGGAGGCUGUCGUUGGCGUGCCUGGUGAAGGAUUGAAUCUGGAGCAACGGAAGAGGCUAACCAUUGCUGUGGAGAUGGUUACCAACCCAGAGUUCUUCCUGUUUCUAGACGAACCUACAUCCGGUCUCGACAGCCAGACAGCCUGGUCGAUCUGCACCCUCCUCCGCAAACUGACAAAAAACGGGCAGGGAAUUCUCUGCACGGCACACCAGCCGUCUUCCCAAAUCUUUCAGAUGUUCGACCAGCUUCUUCUAUUAAGCAGCCGCGGCGAAACAAUCUACUUUGGCGACAUUGGUCAAGGCGCUACAACCAUAAUCAGCUACUUGGAAAGUAAAGGAGCCCCGAAAUGCGAGGUGGACAGCAAUCCCGCCGAGUGGAUGCUGCAAGUAACCAAGCCGCCCUCAGAUGCAGCAGGCCCGCGUUCUGUGCCCUACACUUGGCCGCAGAAGUGGAGGACCAGUUUGCAGAAUCAAGACGUGAUACACCAGCUCGAAGAGCUGAAGAAGUCCAGUCCGCAGACCAAUACCACUAUGCUCAGCGUUCGACAGACAGAAUACGCUACUUCUCUAGCCAGACAGAAUCUAAUCGUUUCAAAACGUAUAUUCCGGAAUUACUGGCGCGACCCGACGUAUCUGUACUCCAAGAUGGCCCUGUGUGUCGGGGUGUCUCUUGCGAAUGGCCUUUCCUUCAAGUCAACACUUGACAUCCAGGGACUGACUAACAGCUUAUUCUCCAUUUUCCUCUUGACCCAGCUCUUCAGUACUAUCGAUCAACAAGUCAUCCCUCGCCUGACGGCCACUCGAGAGCUGUUCGAGUCACGAGAGCGACCAUCCAAGGCGUACUCUUGGGUGGCUUUCCUUAUAUCUACGAUUUUGGUCGAGAUAGCCUACCAGACGCUAGCAUCCGUCUUGGUCUUCGUCUGCUGGUACUACCCGACUGGUCUUUGGCGCAAUAGCGAUGCCGGUUUCACCGCUUCUGAACGAGGCGCGCUCGUAUUUGUACUAAUUUGGCUCUUUGGUCUCUGGAUCACGACCUUUUCGCAGGCUGUGGCAGUGGGAAUUAAACACGCCGAGACAGCCGUCCAGAUAGCCACCCUUUUCUUCUGGCUGUCACUUGUAUUCUGUGGAGUAAUUGUGUCGCCCAGCAGCCUCCCGACGUUCUGGGUCUUUGUGUACCGCGCCUCACCCUUAACCUACUUCGUCAACGGCCUCGUCGUCGCAAGUCUUGCGGGCACCCACAUCACCUGCUCUGCUGCUGAGCUGCAGCGAGCGAUAUUUGCUUAUAUUGCCCUAUCUCGGACACGAACGCUCUACUGCGUUCAUUGGGAAUGGAGAUAG